GAUUCAACUCUGUCGCGCCGCGGUUUCAUUUAUUCUCAUAAAAUGGAAGACAUAACUCCGACGAGCAGCCGCAGGACGGCGGUAACUCCUUGACUUCCUCCCGCGCUGCGACCAAAACAAAAAAGGACUUUACAGACACGAGACUUUGGGAUUUCUCUCGCAGAGACGAACAUGAGAAAAUGUCACUUAUCGAUGGAUCCAGUGCAGGAGUGGGGGGAGGAGGAGGAGGACGGGGCCGUGUUCGGAAUCACGCUGCACCGGGAGCCCGUCACGCCGAGCGCCGACACGCCGGAGCUGCCGACGGCCUUCAGCUUCGUGCAGUACCACACGGUGAAGGUGCGCAGGCUGAAGGCCGGCACCCUGGAGCGCCUCGUCGCCCACCUGCUGGACGCCGAGCACCAGGAGCCCGACUACGUCCGAGUCUUCCUCUGCACCUACAGGGCCUUCACCGCCGCCGGCAGCCUCGUCGAGCUGCUGUUCCAGAGAGACGACUCGCUCGCCAACCUGGAUAAAACAGUCCGCCUUCGCAGCGCCUUGCUCCCGGUGAUCCGGCUGUGGCUGGAGGAAUACGGCGACGACUUCCACGAGCCGCCUCAGCAUCCGGCCCUCCGGCUGCUGUGCGUCCACUUGCGGCGUCGCCUCUGCUUCAGGCGCUUGGCUCAGACCGCCGAGAGCCUCCUCAAGAGGCUCCAGGAACGAGAUUGCAGCCGGUCUUUGUCGCAGCGCAAGGACGACGAAUCCCCGCAGUGGGGGAGCAGAGAGCAGGAGGACAGCGGAGAGACGUCCACGAAGGAGGAGGACAAAUGCAACUUCAUGGACUUCGCCGUGAGCGAAGUGGCGGAGCAGCUGACCCGGUUGGACGCCGAUCUGUUUGUCCGCCUGGAGCCCUUCCACUGUCUGGGCUGCGUCUGGUCCCAACGCGACAAGAAGGAAAACCGCAACCUGGCGCCCAGCGUGCGCGCCACCAUCUCCCAGUUCAACGCCGUCACCAACCGCGUCAUCAGCUCGCUCCUCUGCCCGUCCUCGCCGCCCCCCGGCCCUUCCACGUCCUCUCCGGCGCCGUCGCCCGCCUCCCUCUCCACCUUCCUGUCCCCGUCCGCCGCUCCGAGCUCGCCCCGCUGCUGUCACACCAGCCCCGGCCACCGGGCGCUCAUCAUCGAGGGCUGGAUCGCCAUCGCUCAGGAGUGCAGACAGCUGAAGAACUUCUCCUCUUUGAGGGCCAUCCUCUCCGCCCUGCAGUCCAUCUCCGUGUAUCGCCUCAAGAAGACCUGGGCUGCCGUGAGCAGGGAAAGUAUGAACGCCUUCGACCAGCUGAGCGAGACCUUCCCCGAUGAGAACUGUGUGCUGACCAGCAGAGAGAUCCUGGUGGAGGAUGAGACUCAUCCAGACGGCAGCGACACCCCGGGCUCCGUGUCCAGGACUAGCUUCAGCAGCGGCGUGGUGCCGUACCUGGGCACCUACCUGACGGUCCUCACCAUGCUGGAUACGGCUCUGACGGACACUGUGGCGGGCGGACUCAUCAACUUUGAGAAGCGCAGACGGGAGUUUGAGAUUCUCUCUCAGAUCCGGCAGCUGCAGGCUUCGUGCUCCCGCUACAGCCUCCCGGUGAAUUCUCACAUCGCCGCCUGGCUGCAGACGCACACACUGCUCACCGACCAGGAGAGCUACGAGCUGUCUCGUGACCUUGAGCCUCCCGUCGACCCGUGUCCCAGCUCUCCCAACCCAUGGAGCAGUCGUCUGCUGGCGAAGAAACUUGCCACGUUGCGACCGGGCUACGACAACUCCCUGAGGAAGACCAACCCCGACCAGAUCAGUGUGUCGUCUUCCGGCUCCAGCAGCUCCGAGAUGGAGGACCUCCCGGCCCCCCAGCCCCUCAGACUCAAGCUCAAGUCCUUCUCGGGCUCUCUCCAUGACGUCGCAGUGGACUUCUCCUCCGGCUCCUCCUCCUCCUCUUCCUCUCCCAGUCUCUCCAGCUCCUCGUGCAGCUCCUCCCACCCGGACCUCAGCUCCUCCUCCUUGGUCCUGAGUCCCGAGUCGUGCUCGUCCGGCGGCUCCUCUCGGGCCGGGCUGCCCGUCUACAACCGGCAGAUGGCCGACUCGUGUAUCAUCCGGGUCAGCGUGGAGUCCGUGAGCAACGGGAGCGUCUACAAGAGCAUCCUGCUGACCAGUCAGGACCACACGCGGCAGGUGAUCGAGAGAGCGCUCGAGAAACACAACAUGGAGGAUUUCAGCUGCCAGAAUUUCAACCUCUGCCAGAUGCUCGACAACGGAAAAGAUCUUCAGCUCCCGACAAAGCCAACAUAUUCUACGCCAUGUGCACCUCCGCCAACUACGACUUUGUGCUGCGUCGGCGCUGGAAGAGCCACGGGAGGCGCCUGGGCUCCUCCUCCAGCCCCGGAGCGCCGCUCAAGGGCCGCCACUCCAAGUGACGAGCGUCGCGUUCCGUGGCUGAACGUUAGGAGUUCAUAGAGAAGACGAAAAGGGGCGGCGUGGGGGGGGGGCGGUGCUCAUCUAGCAAGCACCACACCCCUCCCCCCCCCUCUUUUGCGAUGACUCAUCGCCCCGAGAUUGUCUCCGCGCGGCAGAUGUGAGCCGCUCUGAGAUGAGAGACUCGCGAGGAGCUGGAGGUUAAUCCUGAGGAGUUCACGGGCUGUUUGAAGAGUAUGAUUCGAGAAGAGAGAGAACCAAGAAGACACUGAGAAAGGAAGAAGGAAAAGGAAUUUGUUCUCCAUCUCAAGAUCGACAUCUUUUGGAUAAAUGCACCGGCAUUCACUCGGGUCGACCGGGAUGAGGAUGGAAAGGUUCAUUUGUCGUUAUUCGACAGGAAACGGGCUGCGGGACUCGGAUCUGGGACUUUUCCUUCGGCCUGUAUGGCCAAAUGACUCCCUGACUCUUAACCACGCGAAGCAGAGCGAGUCAGAAGGAGUCAGAAGGAGUCAGAAGGAGUCAGAAGGAGUCAGAAGGAGUCACAGUGUCGGUUGAUGAGUCGACAUUUUAGACACGCACACAGAAGAGCAACGAGACGCCCUUGAAUUGUGUGUGUGUGUGUGUGUGUGUGUGUGUGUGUGUGUGUGUGUGUGUGUGUGUGUGUGUGUGUGUGUGUGUGUGUGUGUGUGUGUGUGUGUGUGUGUGUGUGUGUGUGUGUGUGUGUGUGUGUGUGUGUCUGUCACAGUUUGGACUCCCGUUAUUUGAGUUUCCAUUCGUCUGUAAUAAGUAUUCAAUCGUCUUCUCGUUGAGGAUUUACAUGUUUUAUUGUAACAAUGUAUAUUUUAGAAACUUAAAUUAUUAAAUGCAUUUCAGUAUUGAGCGUCGAGAGCUUAAGGGGCGUGAGCAAAAUGUUUUUUUGUUUUAUUUUUGUUUUCUCUCGCCAGUCUCCAGCGCUAAACUUGUAGUUAUAAAGUGGACUUAUAAACAAAUGUAUCUCAUUAACUCAACUCCGGUUUGCAUUAUUUGGAAUGAAGAAAGGACUCUGGACUGAGGGUGUGAAGAGGAGUUGUGUUGCCGACCUAUAGAAGUGUCUCUGGUGUGUUUUCCUCUAGUGAUGAAGACUGUGCUUCAGGUGCACUCUGUCAUCCUGAAUAACAACAGACCUUCUCCAGGGAGGCUGAGGAUCAUCUUCAGCUGAAGGGUCAAGCAAGUGAAAACGAAGAGUUUCAUAUCCGAUCAUCUCAGUGAUGUUUAGUCCUUUCCCCAAAAAACUCUUUAAGUAUUAUAAAGUGACAACUUGUUUUGAAGGUAAAAAAAGAUUUUAGAGUUGUUGUUGUUGUGCAUCUCUGUGGCUCGUUAGCUGCAAAAAAUACAACGUAUGAUUUAGGAGGAGUGGACAGAGCGAUCUCCUGUGUGUGUGUGUGUGUGUGUGUGUGUGUGUGUGUGUGUGUGUGUGUGUGUGUGUGUGUGUGUGUGUGUGUGUGUGUGUGUGUGUGUGUGUGUGUGUGUGUGUGUGUGUGUGUGUGUGUGUGUGUGUGUGUGUGUGUGUGUGUGACUGUACGCGAGUUGUAAUUGAAGCCUAAAUGUCUUUGUUCUCAUAUUUUCUCUCCGACAUUCUUUAUCAGCACUUAAUGUGUAUAAUUAUUAUUAAUGUACACCAAUAAAGCAAAUGUACUAUUUUUCAAAGUGUUUUAUUUUUUUUCCAUCACGAGAAUGGGCCUCCGACGUUAUGUUUCCAUGUCGUCCGUCCCGUUCGCGGACGUGUGAUCUCUCAGGGGCACCUGGGGGGAGUUUCUUCGCUUUUGGCAUGAAAAUCUACUUUGAUGUUUUGAUUUUAGUGGUUUAAAAGUCACCGUGACCUCACAAAAACCUCCUUUUGGCAAUAACAAAUUUCACAAAAAUUACUUGUCAGAUAAUAUUUUAUCUGAAAAAUGUCAACAUCAUAGCAAAACCAUCAUCAUAAUCUUGAUUCUGGCCAUUAUGUAAUGCCUUGACUUGAAGACAGAAGGGGAAAAGUGCACAUGUACGCGUGUUCUAUCAAAAUCUUUAUUGGCCGAGCAUCUGAACACAUGAAAUUCAGAAUUUCACUCUUGUUGAACUUACGCACUGCUUGAUAUUUAGCUGAAAAAGAAGCCAAGUCGUAUCAAUUAGUGUUGUAUAUCCUCUUGUAUCAUGGAUUAAAAUUAUUUUAAAUUCA